UGAUGGUUCGCCGGUGACGUCACCCCGUUCAGAGGCGAAAGAUGGCGGAUAGUAUCCCAUUGCAACCGUUCCAGAAAAGAGGGGCCUAUUACACCUCAGAAAGGAGCAAGAGGAGGUAUCCAGCAGAAGAUGAAGCCUCGCCAUUGGAUGAAAUGCCACUUAUGAUGUCAGAGGAAGGUUUUGAAAAUGAUGAAAGUGAUUACCACACAUUACCGAAAGCCAGAAUUGUGCGACGAAAAAGAGGUUUCGAAUGGUUUGUUUGUGGAGGGUGGAAAUUUCUCUGUACCAGCUGCUGUGAUUGGCUAGUAAAUGUGUGCAGAAGAAAGAAAGAGCUUAAAGCUCGCACUGUUUGGUUGGGAUGUCCAGAGAAAUGUGAAGAAAAGUAUCCAAGAAAUGCAAUAAAAAAUCAAAAGUAUAACGUCUUUACAUUUAUACCUGGGGUUUUGUAUCAACAGUUCAAAUUUUUCUUGAAUCUCUAUUUUCUGGUAGUCGCUUGUUCUCAGUUUGUAACAGCAUUAAAAAUAGGCUACCUCUACACCUACUGGGCACCUCUGGGUUUUGUUCUGGCUGUAACAAUGGUGAGGGAAGCAGUGGAUGAAUACAGGAGGUUCAAGAGAGACAAAGAAAUGAAUUCUCAAUUAUAUAGCAAGCUAACCAUUCGAGGUAAAGUACAAGUAAAGAGUUCAGACAUCCAAGUUGGGGACCUCAUCAUAGUGGAAAAGAAUCAACGAAUACCUGCAGACAUGAUCUUACUCAGAACGUCAGAGAAAACAGGUUCAUGUUUUAUUCGAACUGACCAGCUGGAUGGUGAAACAGAUUGGAAGCUCAAAAUUGCUGUAAGCUGUACGCAGAGAUUACCAGCUCUGGGAGAUCUCUUUUCAAUCAAUGCUUAUGUUUAUGCUCAAAAGCCACAACUGGAUAUUCACAGUUUUGAAGGUAACUUUACACGGGAGGAUAGUGACCCAUCUAUACACGAAAGUCUCAGUAUUGAAAACACUUUGUGGGCCAGCACAGUGGUAGCAUCUGGCACUGUAAUAGGUGUUGUCAUUUACACUGGGAAGGAGACAAGAAGUGUAAUGAAUACAUCAAAUCCCAAAAACAAGGUGGGAUUGUUGGACCUUGAACUGAAUCAACUGACCAAAGCUCUGUUUGUUGCACUGGUUGCACUCUCUGUAGUAAUGGUUGCCUUGCAAGGUUUCGUUGGCCCUUGGUAUCGCUACUUAUUUCGGUUCUUUCUUCUUUUCUCCUACAUCAUCCCAAUAAGUUUACGUGUUAACCUGGACAUGGGCAAAGCUGCUUAUGGAUGGAUGAUCAUGAGAGAUGAGAAUAUCCCAAGAACAGUGGUACGAACAAGCACCAUUCCAGAAGAGUUGGGAAGAUUGGUUUAUUUACUUACAGAUAAAACAGGAACCCUAACUCAAAAUGAAAUGAUUUUUAAACGCCUUCACCUUGGAACAGUAUCAUAUGGCACUGACACAAUGGAUGAAAUACAGAAUCACAUAGCAAGUUCCUAUUCACAGGUACCAUCCCAAGCAAGUGGCAGCAACACCAGCUUAACACCUGCAAGGAAAGGUCAAUCUUCGGCACCCAAAGUCCGUAAACCAGUGAGCAGUCGGGUCCAUGAAGCAGUGAAAGCAAUUGCUUUGUGUCAUAAUGUUACUCCUGUCUAUGAAUCACGCUCUGGAGUAAAUGGAGAAACAGAAUAUGCUGAAGCAGAUCAGGACUUCACUGAUGAAAAUCGCACCUACCAAGCCUCUAGCCCUGAUGAGGUAGCAUUGGUACAGUGGACAGAGAGUGUUGGAUUGACUCUGGUCAACAGAGAUUUGACCUCGAUGCAACUGAAGACCCCUGGUGGACAGAUUUUGACUUUCUUCAUUCUACAAAUUUUUCCAUUCACCUCUGAAAGCAAACGAAUGGGCAUCAUAGUGAGAGAAGAAUCUUCAGGAGAUAUCACUUUUUAUAUGAAAGGAGCUGAUGCUGCAAUGGCCAGCAUAGUUCAGUAUAAUGACUGGUUAGAAGAAGAGUGUGGGAAUAUGGCAAGAGAAGGACUACGUACCCUGGUCGUUGCCAAAAAAUCCUUAACGGAAGAACAGUACCAAGAUUUUGAGAAUCGAUAUAACCAGGCAAAGUUAAGUAUACAUGACCGAACAUUAAAAGUUUCUGCAGUCGUGGAAAGUUUGGAGAGGGAAAUGGAAUUGCUCUGCCUAACAGGUGUAGAGGACCAACUACAGGCUGAUGUGAGGCCUACACUGGAAAUGCUGAGAAAUGCUGGAAUAAAGAUAUGGAUGCUAACAGGAGAUAAACUAGAGACAGCAACAUGUAUUGCAAAAAGUUCUCAUCUAGUAUCAAGAAACCAAGACAUUCAUAUUUUCAGACCAGUGAGCAGUCGAAGUGAGGCCCACUUAGAACUUAAUUCCUUUAGAAGAAAGCAUGAUUGUGCCUUGGUAGUCGCUGGUGAUUCUUUGGAGGUGUGUUUAAAGUACUAUGAGCAUGAAUUUGUUGAGCUUGCCUGUCAGUGCCCUGCCGUUGUGUGCUGCCGAUGUUCACCGACACAGAAAGCUCACAUUGUGAAGCUUCUACAGCAGCACACAGUAGGACGUACGUGUGCCAUAGGUGAUGGAGGUAAUGAUGUGAGCAUGAUCCAAGCAGCUGAUUGUGGCAUUGGCAUAGAAGGAAAGGAAGGCAAACAAGCCUCUCUUGCAGCUGAUUUUUCCAUCACACAGUUUAAGCACAUUGGCAGGUUGUUAAUGGUUCACGGACGGAACAGUUACAAAAGAUCUGCGGCACUGGGUCAGUUUGUCAUCCAUAGAGGCCUUAUUAUUUCCACUAUGCAGGCUGUUUUUUCUUCAGUCUUCUAUUUCGCAUCUGUUCCUUUGUACCAGGGAUUCCUAAUGGUAGGGUAUGCAACCAUCUAUACAAUGUUCCCAGUAUUCUCUUUAGUGCUGGAUCAAGAUGUGAAGCCAGAGACAGCACUACUUUAUCCAGAGCUAUAUAAAGAUCUCACCAAGGGAAGAUCCUUGUCUUUUAAAACCUUCCUCAUCUGGGUUUUAAUCAGCAUAUACCAAGGGGCUAUUAUAAUGUAUGGUGCUUUACUACUAUUUGAAUCUGAAUUUGUCCAUGUGGUGGCUAUUUCCUUCACUGCCUUGAUUUUGACAGAAUUACUAAUGGUUGCGCUAACCAUCAGAACAUGGCACUGGCUAAUGGUUGUUGCUGAGUUAUUCAGCCUUGGCUCCUAUGUGGCAUCUCUUGCUUUCCUUAAUGAAUAUUUUGGUAUUGGUAGAGUGUCACUGGGAGCUUUCCUAGAUUUUGCCUUUAUCACAACUUUAACCUUCCUGUGGAAAGUGUCAGCAAUUACUGUUGUAAGCUGUCUUCCUCUGUACAUACUCAAGUACUUGAAGCGCAAAUUCUCACCUCCGAGUUACUCCAAGCUUACCUCGUAAAUGUUAAUCUGAGUCUGCAGUUACUUGCGCAUGCGCCUGUAGCUGGUUCCUCUGCUGUGCUCUAGAGACUGACCAUAAAGAUUCUAACAGGACUACCACAGAAGUCUGUGAGCACAAUGGUGAGGCUGUACAAAUAUAAACUUAUAACUGAUACAAGUCAGUAAACAGAAGAUAAAAUAACAUUUAUGUUCUUUUUAAAUAAAAUUACCUUAAUUAGCAUGGAAAUAAAUUACUUUUAUAAGUCAUUAGGAUUUUUUUUGCUAAAGAAAUACACCGUAAACCCCUUAUUUCAGCUCAUUUUAUCAUACCACUAUAAAAAAUGUAUAUUUAUUUUUAACAACUUGAAGUUAUAAAUGACAUAUAUGCUGCUAAAUUACAUUGAUAAAUAUGCACUAUAAUAAAAUGUGUAUAGGUGUUUAGAUAUCAUAGUAUUUUAGUGGGAGCAGUAGUCUUCCAUUCUCUAGUUCCCGUUCAUUUUCUAAAGCAGAACAAAAGCCAGAAUAGAAUUGAUGAUUGUGACAGCAGUAUGUUAAUUGCACAAAACUUUAAUAUGUUUGUACAUAAUUCCAUGUUAGCAACGGUUCCUCACAGGCUGUCAAGUAAUUAAUUAGAAAAUUGCUUCAAUUGCUUUAAAGAUUUCAAUGCAAACACCAAUUCAUAACAAAUAUACAUUCCUUUCUGUUGUAAUACACUAAAUUUGUACUAGUCUCUAUGUUUAGUUGCUUUGUAAUUUACAUACUUUGGUUACUCAGGUAAAAGAACAAAUAAAGGAUACUGUGCUAUUUAUUAUUGUUUAUGAUAGGAAAAAAAAAUUUCUUCCAUUCUGUAACUUAGACUCUUACAAGGAAAAUGUUUAAUUUCUGUUAUAUAUAUAGGUUUUAUUAGGCUACAAAUUUAAAUGUGUUUUCAAUUAUUAUAGCAGGGUAUCAUGCCACAUGCCAAAGUACCAUGGUACUUUACUAAUAAAUCCGAAUUGUGUUAAUAGCACUGUGGUAGCGAAUUAUCACAUUUUCUGCAGUCCUCUGGGCUGGUGUAUUAAAUGACUAAGUUUACUUUUGGCUAUUUGUUUUCUUAAGGAAAAGAAGCUAAUCACUGAAACUCUAUUAAUAUGCCAUCCAGUAUGUAUACAUUGCCAGCAGUCAUGUGACAAUAUGACACAAAAACAAUAAUGCUAUCCUUUUGAAGGGUUUUGUUUUUAUGUAAAUAUACAGAUUUGAGCAUUUAGGCUUGAAAAGCUGGUUGGAACCUAAUUCCAUUAUUUUUAACAUGCUUUCAUUUGAAAUAAUGUAUAUCUUUGUUACAAAAGCAAUAAAGUAUAAUUUCUAUCA